CAUUGAUUGCUCACAGUGACCACCGAAAUCAAAGAUGGCAGCAGCUGCUGACAACAAGUGGAAGAAGGAUGCCGCCGAUCAGAACUUCGAUUAUAUGUUUAAGCUCUUGAUCAUUGGAAACUCAAGCGUUGGAAAGACAAGUUUCCUAUUUAGAUAUGCAGAUGACUCUUUCACGUCAGCCUUCGUAUCUACUGUUGGGAUUGAUUUUAAAGUGAAAACUGUCUUCAGAAAUGACAAACGAAUCAAACUGCAAAUAUGGGAUACAGCGGGCCAAGAAAGAUACAGAACAAUUACAACUGCUUAUUAUCGUGGUGCUAUGGGUUUUAUUCUGAUGUAUGAUAUAACAAAUGAGGAAUCAUUCAGGGCAGUAACUGACUGGGCUAGUCAAGUGAAAACAUAUUCUUGGGAUAAUUCUCAAGUUGUUUUGGUUGGUAACAAAUGUGACAUGGAGGAGGAAAGGGCUGUCAGUAAUGACCAAGGCAAAAAGCUAGCAGAACAGCUUGGUUUUCCAUUCUUUGAGUCAAGUGCAAAAGAAAAUAUUAAUGUGAAAUCAGCCUUUGACAAAUUGGUGGACAUUGUUUGUGAUAAAAUGGCUGAAAGCCUUGAAACUGACCCCACAAUGGUUGGUGGAGCAAAACCACGCAUGACUGAUUUGAAAGAAAAGCCAUCUCCUAGCAAGCAAGAUAGUAACUGCGGCUGCUAAGCAAUGUCCUGCAGUAAAAGCUUAACUCAUGCAAAGUCUCUGAAUCUUAUCUUCUAAAUAUGUUUAUUCAAUUUCUUGGUAAUGAAUUGGUGUUAGGGGCAUUUUAACAAUAUUCCCUGGUAGAGCAGUUAGGUAGUCCACCUUGAAAAUAUAUUAUCACUUACCCAUUUUCUAUCUUGUUUGAAGUGCAUAUGAUAGUGACAACAAACAAGAACUGUUAAUUAUGCAACACUCGAAUUCCAUGAAGAAAAAUCUUCAAGGUUCUAAAUCAGCAACCAGAUUCAUUACUUUUUGUUCAGUCUUUGCACAGUGUUGCAUUUAAGCAGUCUCUAUUCUAUUCUUUAAUUGCACUGAAUUCCUCUAUAUUUAUACCCAAGUAUGCACAGCUAUUCAGUUUACAGUCAUUCUCCACCCACUGUCAGAACUUUAGCAAAUUCAUUUAGAUAUUUAAUCUGAGUACAGUCAUCAGGAUAGUUUAGUUGACUCCCUUUUAUCUUCAUUACAUCUUUAUGUGUGUCAAUCAAUUUUGAAUAAUUUCUUUUAGUUAACAUUUAUUUCAUUUUACAAGAUAUUUUACUAAGGAGGCCUAAUUAUUUGAAACAUUGGAAUUAAAAUUGCUUUGCAUGGUAUUUUUUGGCUAAUGACAUUAAAAAGGGGUUGCAAUUCUAAUAUCUAACUAUUAUCUUUUUUCAAUAAAUUGUAAAAUUUGAAACAAUAAAUACAAUGAAGAAGGAUGCUAAGCAAUGUUAAA